CACUGAGCGCUCGCAGCGAGAGGACGGAGAGACUUCGCCAUGAGGCCAGGAUUCAGCCCUAGAGGAGGAUUCGGUGACCGAGGAGGUGGAAGAGGAGGAUUCGGUGACCGAGGCGGUGGAAGAGGGGGAUUCGGAGGGGGUGGUAGAGGAUUCGGAGGGGGAGGCCGAGGAGGAUUCGGAGGCCGUGGAAGAGGUAGCUUUGGAGACCGCGGAGGAGGCUUUGGAGGCCGGGGAGGUGGCUUUAGAGGUGGUCCCCGUGGUGGGGGCAGAGGAGGCGCACGAGGCGGCAGAGGUGGUUUUGGAGCAGGACGAAAAGUAAUCGUAGAACCUCACAGACAUGAAGGAGUCUUUAUCUGCCGGGGGAAAGAAGAUGCCCUGGUGACGAAGAACCUCGUGCCCGGAGAGUCUGUGUACGGAGAGAAGAGGAUGUCUGUUGAGGAGGGAGAGAUUAAAACUGAGUACAGAGCGUGGAACCCCUUCAGGUCGAAGCUCGCAGCCGCCAUUCUAGGAGGAGUGGAUCAAAUUCACAUCAAGCCCGGGGCUAAAGUCCUGUAUCUGGGGGCCGCGUCUGGCACCACCGUGUCGCACGUCUCAGAUUUAGUUGGUCCGGAAGGCUUGGUUUACGCCGUCGAGUUCUCGCACAGAUCCGGCCGUGACCUCAUCAACGUGGCAAAGAAACGCACGAAUAUCAUUCCCGUGAUCGAAGACGCCAGACACCCCCACAAGUACCGCAUGUUAAUAGGCAUGGUAGAUGUCAUCUUUGCUGACGUAGCGCAGCCGGAUCAGACCAGAAUCGUUGCCCUCAACGCUCACAACUUCCUGAAGAACGGCGGCCACUUUGUCAUCUCUAUAAAGGCUAACUGCAUCGACUCCACGGCAGCUCCCGAGGCCGUCUUUGCUGCGGAAAUCAAGAAAAUGCAACAGGAGAACAUGAAACCACAAGAGCAGCUGACGCUGGAACCCUACGAAAGAGACCACGCGGUGGUGGUCGGGAUCUACAGACCGCCCCCGAAGCAGAAGAAAUGAACGGAUGAUACAAUCUAGGACUUUAACAAAACAUCCAGAACUUCAACAGACCAAAAAAGUCAGGUUUUUUUUCCUCUUGCACCCCACCAAGCCUGGAGGAAAGGAACGGUGGGGGGGGCCUGGAUUUCUGGACAAGAAUGGGGUGUACGGGGACUUAUUUUUAGCGUUUUUCUUUUUCUCCCUUAAAAUCAGUAAUUUAGUCGUUUUCGAUGAGAUGCGCAUGUCUGCAGAUUGAUAAAUGAGUCGUAUUUUUCUAUUGAUGUGGUUCUCGGCCCGAUCCUCAGGCUUCAUUCCUGUGCGAGCUCUAGAACGCUUAGUAAGUAUAAGGAACCCGUCCUAACCUAAAAAAAAAAAAUGGUGGACGUCCAUCUGCUGAACGGUCCCCUAACCCCCAAGGUCUCGGGUCACAGCUCUCCAUUUGUCUUUUUUUUUAUAAGCGUUCUUAAAUUCGACUUGAUUUUAAGGUUUUUGGGUUCGUAGUGCCUGUCCUAGAACGUGUCUGUUCUAGAGCCCGGUUCUGUAUUCUGGAUUCUAUUUGUUUUCUUUGAUGAUGAGGAUCGGGUGGGAGCCGCCGAACGGGGACAUAGUGUGGGGUUUGGACUUUGUUUUUUUGCAGAGAUAAACAUUUAACUUCUGUGAUCAUUUAUCUGCCCCCACGUGUGACCUGUAUGUAUUUUUUUUAUUAAAACUUUAUACAACUAAACAA